UUAUGCUAAGACUGUAAUCGUUAUAUAUGUGCCAGUUUGCAAAAUUUGGGCUAUUUAUACAUAUGGAAUAUCUUUAAAUGAACAUGUUAUUACACCAUUGAUGAACAUUAAUAACAUUCUUUAGACAUUAUAAAAAGACUAAAUAUUUCUGUGAGAAUUUGAAUAAUUAGAUUAGACCAAGAUUUUUUUAUGAAAAUUGACAAAUCUGCUGAAUAUAGUGUAUUUUGAUGAUAACCAGGCGAGAAUAGAUUAAUUAAUAUCCCGCAAGUAAGAACUACAACUACUGGUAAAAAAUCUUUCAGGUAGGAGAAAAUGGCCGCAAAGACAUUAAACAUAACAUCAAAAACGUUUGCUGAAAGUGACAAUUUUGAAUCAAUUGUUAGUACCCUUACUGACUGCGAGUUUAACUCUGCUUCUGUAAAAAAAUCCUAAGACAAUUGAGUUAUUUGGCAGUACAACAGAAACUGAUUCAUCUAGCUGUUAUAUAGCUUCUUCACCACACGAUGACAACUGUUUGGUUGAUAAAUUUUACGAAGACUUACAAGCGUCAGAGACUGAUUCCGACUCUGACGAUGAUCAAAAUAUCGAUGUAGAUGACGACGAUAUAGGCGCUGUAUUUGAAGAAACUAGAGAAAUAUACAAACAUGAGCUAUCUCAAACCCUUCCUGAUUACACGAAACCUGUAUCAAAGGACGUUGGUGUCCAAGAUAUUGAAGCAGCCAUUGAUAAAAUACCACAGACAGAUAAUAAUGAAGAUCAAAGUAAAGACAAAAGCUGCGCAAAUUGUUGCACUAAGAAAAGAGUUGAAAAUGCAUGUUUCUUUAAAAAAGGUCAACACAUAAGACUUCCCGGACAAUAUUUCACCUUCAAUUUUGGGAAAAAACUUCGAAAACUUUACAAUCACCAUGCAAUUGUAAAACAAAUCAACAAAGCAGAUGAUCAAAAAGUAGAGUUGGUUUUAAUUCAUUUUACCAAAGUUGGCAAGGACAUAAAUAUCCAUGAAACGUCAAAGACAUACGAUCUUGCACACGAUGAAAUAUACAUUGUUGAAUACUUACACCCUCGGUAUGAAGCAGACGACAUAGUGAAAAGAGCAGAAUCGAUGUUGCCGAAAAAUUGGGAAAAUUCCGACAAACGUCGUUAUAGAAAAUUUAGAUCAUACAAUGUAUUUACUCGUAAUUGCGAGCAUUUCGCUUCAUGGUGUGUGGUCGGUGCAAAAGAAAGCUUUCAGGUUAAAAGUCUUCGAAAAACUAUCGCUAAGAUCUUAAGCAAAGGCGCAGGUGUUGGAUGCAAAAUAGCUCGCUUUAUAAUGAGGUUUUUAUAUAACUCGGCAGAUGAAAUUGCAUCAACGUUUAAUAUGAAUUUUCUACCAGGCAUUGUUCUUGGAUUUACUGCUUUGGUGUACCUCAUUUACUGUAUAGUCAUCACGAUAAAACUGUUAUCAAAAUAUAAAAGAUGUAAACUUUGCAAAACAUGUUUCAAAAGAGAAGUCGUCACGUUAUGGACACAUUUCGGUGCCUUCAUUGCAACAUCAGGGAUAUCUUAUAUUCUUGUCCAUUUUCUAUUGCCAAUGAUCAAACCAACAAUUGCUGUAAUCCCUGUGUUACUCGUUAUUGUAUUGCUUUCCUUGGCAGUGCAGUGGGGCAUAGGAAAAGUAAGGAGAACGUUGAUGUCUCCAUAUGAAUGUGAGAAGGUUCCAGUGCUAACAUUAUCAGACUUGAAUGUAGGAAGUAUGAUCACAUUCACCUAUUUUGGUUUCCAACAUUUUGCCAUAGUAACAGAAGUCCAUGAGGAAACUGAUGACUCCACUAUCGGGACAAUAAAAUUUGUACAUUAUGGUUUAAAAAGUCUGAAUAUAUUUCGCAAAAGGCAUGUUAUGGAGGAGUUAAUUCGUGUUGAUCUGAAUAAAGCGUCAAAAAAGCUAAAGAUGGUGGAUUGUAAACAUUUGAACAGUUACCCAAGCCAUCAGGUGGUGCAAAGAGUAAAACAAAGAGUCGGGGAGACAAACUGGAAUGCAGUGUCAAAUAGAUCUGAUCAUCUAUGUUUCUGGGCUUUGGUUAAACAAGAAAAGGAGCUUGAAAAUAGCAACACAAAUGCAGAAAACACAGAAAACAUAGGAGAAACAAAAACGAAACAUAAAAGUUCACUUUGUACUGGACAGACGGAAGUACAUGUAAGGGAAGAGGUGAGACUUGGGGAUGUAGUAAAGUAUGGUGGGGUAAAUGGCAUCGUAGUUAAUUUGGACGACAUAACGCAAUGCGAUGCGCAAGAGUUCGAAAUGGAGUUGAUGGUCUACAGAAACUAUUAUGUUAUCCGUGAAAAGAAAACGAUAAACCUAAGACAGAAACGGUUGUCGGUUAAGAACUACCAUCCGGCACACUGCUGCUCUAUGAGUGAUCGUGUACAGCGUGCUUGUGAAAAAGAGAAUACAAAGUGCAACUAUUGGCUUGAAGAAAGCUUUUUUGAAAGCUGUAUUCUGAAAAACAUUUGAUUUGAAAGAAACAAACAUUUGCCUAUCUAUUUUGUACACUUUACCAUGUUUUCGUCAUGAUAAAUGCCAACUAUUACGCGUGUUUUCUAAAAAACGAACACAUUAUAAGGAAGUCAUUUUUGUACCUUGUAUGUUGUGUCUUUUGUGUACAAUAUUACAUGUAGGGAUGUGGCACGAACUCUGCUUCAUUUGCAUGGUAUGUAAUUCGAAAAAAAAAAACAAUUACCAGUUGUGGUUUAAAAAAGCAAAUGAAUAAUAAAUAUAUAUUUUAGGUUUGUGAAAAAAUGUUUGUAUCUACAAAAUACCUUUCAAAAGCACUGAAUCCAAAGAAGGAUACAAUAACGUAGAUAAAAAAACAACAAUAAGUUGGGAGAAAAUAAAUUUUCAUACAGUGCUAAAGUAUAAAUACCCAAGUAC